ACAUUUUUGGAGUGGAAGAUUGAUCAGUCGUGAUAUUUGGUUCAUGACAUCAUUCUCGUUUUCCUUCAAUGAGCACAUGAAUCUUUCAGAGUCCAAACACCUUUCGUUCCGCAACGCUGGAGAUCCGCCGAACUUAAGAUGAUGAUUAUUGGUGCCACACAAAAUCCCAGCCUGUCAAGUCGGCUUUUUUCAGGAUUAUUUAAGUGUUGUGAGCAAAAGAUUUUAAACCUUUUGAGUUCAUUUGGAAGGACCGUUUUCUUGGAAAAUGGUAUCCAUUGAGUCUACCAUAUCUGUCAUUCACUUAUCGAGGAUUUGAAAAGUUUUCAUGUUGAAGUCAAACAAUUUCGCUCUAUGCUUAGACUGUGGGACGUAGAUUGGCAGGCAAUUUGCAGUUAUCAUCAGAAGACCCAUUUCUUUCGCUUGCUGCUCGUUUUGGCCGUUUUCCUAGCUUGUGUCACGUGGUUAGAGGGAGGGUCGCCCCAAUGCGUCCCAAGCAAGCCCCUCCAUCACGUGACCCUUCAAGGAGGCAUUGCCGCUGGAGACUACGUGAAGAUUGGUCCAGUCGUCAGUCCUACUGCAUGUGCAAACAUCUGCUGCAAGGAUACAAAAUGUGACGUGGCCUUCAUGGCAAACAAUAUGUGCUACAAUCUGCAUUGCUAUAGUGCUAAGUUGUGCCAAGCUCGUCCAGCAAAGGAAUCCCGUUUCGUCGUGUCAGUGACGUAUAUAAAAAGAGGUGUUAAUGAUGAAGGGAGAAGUAUACUUGAUAGAGAAACACCUGGAAAAGGUGGAAAACUGGAAAACUUAACUCAAACGCAUGGGCAAAAUGAUGCCAAGUUGACUGUUCAAAACUCUGAAACUAAAGGGAUCAAGCAAGAAAAUAACCUUGUUCAUUUAUAUAAUAAUACUCAAAGUAAAAUAUCUAAAAGUUCUGCUUCCCAUAACGAGAGAACAAAAGGACCAUCAAAAAAUUCUGAAAGCAGUUAUAUACGAAAUUCGACAACUGCAAGUGCAUCCCGAAACUUAACAAGUCCUUCUUCAAAGCUGCAUAACUUUCAUAAUGAAAGUGAAAAUGGAACCCUUCAAUUUGAAUCAAAUGACACCACUUUUAGUCAAGGAAAUUAUUCUAAACAAGAAAAUCAAACAAAUGUAUUGACAAAGAUGGUAAAUAAUUCUAACACACAAAGCAAACCUGAUAACCCUAAUGUGAUAGUCGCAUGGAAAAAUGAUUCUCAUGUAUUAGUUAAAGAAGCAAUGGCAACAUCUUUGAAUGGCACAGGGAUUGGAACUGGAGAAACUAAUUACAUAGCUAGUUCAAAUAACAGUGGUAUCACAAUGUCAUCAUUUGGAAAACAACAGCUGAAAUCCAUAAAUGCCACUGCGGCUAAAAAUGGUAAUUUUUCGAAUAAGCCUGACAUUUCAAUAGGAAGUCAUCAGUUUUCAAAAGCAAAGCUAUUAAAGGCUGUAAAAAAUUCUAUCAACGAGUCUUUGACCAAGAAAGAAAAGUUGGACGAAGAACUUUUAGACAAAAGCUUUUAUAACGUGAAUUCUUCUGGUAAUGCUACGCAGUCUAAUGAUACGGAGAUUAGUUUUACAAGCGCGAAGAAAGGAGUUUUAAAGGGAAAGUCUUUUAAAAGUAAAGAAAAGGGGACACAACUGGACAUAAGUAGCCCUACGUCUUCUCUCUCAGGGUCUCCUUCAGCGUACAGGAGCAAUGCUACCUCGAUUGUCAAAACAAAUGGUUCUUCAUCGGAAACAAGUUUAAGUGUUCAGCCGGUGAAGAAAGGAAAAUGUUAUUCUGGUGGAAUUUUGUUUAACAAGACGUUAGUUGCAGGUCUUAAAUCAGGAGAUUUUACCGACUAUGGUAAAGUGCAAGGAAUGGACAAGUGUGUGGGGUUUUGUUGCGCUGACAAGAAAUGUGACAUUGCAUUGAUGCUUGGGACAACUUGCUACACGUUGCAUUGUGCAGGUCCAAGUCUUUGCAAGGUCAGGCCUGCCCAUCCUUCUGCACUUAAUCCGCGAAUAAGUUUUAUAUACAGAGAUAAACUAGAUAACAAUGCUGUUAAAGAUAACCAAAUAGAAAAUAAAAACAAUCAAACCAAAAGUGAUUUGCAUCAAACAGCAACACAAGCUAAGCAAGUAUCCAAACGUGUCAAGGGAUCUAGGUGUAAACAUGGCGCCAUCCAGCACGGCGUCACUCUGCAUAGCGGGCAGAAAGCAGGCAUUUUUAAGCUACGUCUCAAGGCUAAAGAUAUGGAUUCUUGCCUUGACAUGUGCUGUAAGGACAAUACAUGCAACGUAGCAUUUCUUAUCGAUGACUCUUGUUAUUCUGUGCGAUGUCACAGCCAUGAGGAUUGCACGAUCGGCAAAGCAAAAUCUUCCAGAGCUCGGUCAACACUUUCAGUUGUACGUAGCAGGAUUCUUCCUUUGAAUGACAAAAGACAGCAAAUACCAAGAGUAGAAAAGAAGUACACGACAAUCUUAAACAUCACUAACCAAUUUUUCACCAAGCCAUUGGCGGAUUUCGAGUCGCUGGAGUUCCUCAAUUUGGCAGAGAGAGUUCAAGUAGCGGUUUCUACAGUUCUUGCAGCAUUCAAAGAUUACAAGGAAUCAGAAGUGAUCUCCUUUGAACCAAGUCCUCUCAUAACCAAGCUUGAAAUCACCCUUUACGAUGGCGCGCCAAUCAAGGACAUUUUGGUAAAACUAGUGAAGACAAUCAAAGAUGGUAAAAUGGAGUCUUCAAUCGAUGGCUCUGUACUCACCUUUCUUGUCAGUACGACGGGAUUCAAGUUCUACUCACCAAAAGGAUUCAAUUUGGUUUGCGACCCAGAGUUCAAUUAUGAUGUUCAUUGGAAACUCACAGUUUUCAAUUUUCAAACAACUUCUCCUUGUCCAAGAAAUGCUCAAGGAGAAACAAGAAGGAGCUGCCAUGGAAGUGACAAGACAAAUGCAACAUGGGGUUUUCCGAGCUUUGUGAACUGUUUAUCAUCCGAGUAUAAGACUUUACAGUCCAAGGCCAAAACAUUUGCAGAAGGAGCAAAGAAAAAGACUCCAUUCAAGACACUUCAAUCCCAACUUGGGACAACACCCAGUGACAUCCUUAUUCGAAUUCAAAAGUUGACGUUUGUGGACACGUACCGGGCGUUGCUCGACAAACCACACAACUCCAGCAACACUACCCUAUUACACGAUGGAAGCAAUACAACUCAUGGCCACCAGUUAAAGAACUUUAACCCUAAGCUUUCUAAUGCCACAUUAUUUGCAAAUAAUACGUUCAGUAUUCCAUUACCAGAUAAUAAAAAUGUGGUGCAACCUAUUCCUUUCAAACUAGUGUCGAAACAAAAAGUCGCCAAUUCUUCAAAUGGGAGAUCUUUCUCACCUCUGGUCUCCCUACCACCGUCAACUAAUACGACCUUAAACGACAAAAUCAUUCCAAAAGCUCUUCCACAGACAAUGGCUACAAAAGCAUCUUCAAAUUCCACGCUAUUUUCAGAUAUUUUCCCACAGCCAGCAAACGUUAAUAAGUUUUCAAGAAUGAAUAUUCCAAAACCAGGGCAAGGAAAAACUUUAGAGAAACCAGUUGUUGCUAGUAAAAGCAAUGUUGUGAAGCCAUAUUCCUUAAAUCGAUCAUCUUUUGGGAAAAUUCCAUUGAUUGGUGCUCAGAAAGUUCAGAAUUCUGUUGGCGGCUCGUACAACAAAAAUAUAAAUUUGUUGAACAAAAAAUUGGGACUACCCUUUAGAAAGGGCUUCCCUUACGACAAUCAGCAGCAGCAGCAGCAGCAACAGAAAGUUACCGCAACAGGUGUUACUAAUCCAAGAUAUCAAAGUUUAUCUAAUAACCUUGGAUAUCCACAGAAGCAGUUCAACCAGUUCGAGAAAAAAUCUCAGGCCGCAGCUACUUCUGGACAAGUAAGGCCAUCUUACCCUUCUCAGUUGGGUAACUCUAAAAACAUCAUUCAAAAUCCUCAGUCUCCGUAUGCUGCAUAUAAACAGCAGCUUCAAAGACUUCGUGUCUCUCAAUCCAGCCAGUCUAGUUUUUUUAACAAACAGCCAAAUCAGAAUGUCCAAAACUGGCAAGUUAAUCAGUAUGGGAAUGCAUAUGGAUAUGGGAAUCAGCUUGGGCAGGGCACCCAAGGUAGCCAGUCUGGGCAGAGCAAUCAACUCACAAAGACAAACAACGCUUGGCAGAAUGUUCAAAGAUCGCAAGGUAACCAGGCGUGGCGAGGUUACCCAGGACAGGCAUCUUUUCCAGGCUACGGUGGCAUAACAGGGUACUCUGAGACAUCUUUGCAAGGUCAACCUGAUAACCAAAAUGGACCUCAAAUGGACAUUGGACGGCGCAGAAAGAGAGACAUCCAUGUUAAUCUAAAGAGAACCAAACGACAAGGAGGAAAUAUGGUAUGGUAUAAUAAUUAUAAUCUACGACAGCCGAGUCUUCGAAAUCAAGUAUACAGACCCUCUCCUACCAUCAGUGAGGAUAACGAAGAUCCUUUCCUGACCAAUGUGCAAACAGGAUACGACAAUCCCAAGGGCUUACUGAAUCAACAAGAUCCUCUGUCUUACAAURUGGAUUACUUUCAUCGUCCUACUCCUUACUACCCCUCCGUCACAUACACACUAGGCGGCAAGGAACAGCCAUCGCCAACUCGAGCACCCACCAGUCAAACUCAAUCUGAAAUUAGCUUGUUCCCUACUAACGGCGUUACUGAUCAAGCCAGUACGCGUGGGAGCUUUUCUUCGCCUGGUGUUCCUGGAAAUCAGUAUCCUGCUGGGUUUACAGAUCUGCAAGCACCGUCAGAACCAAGCGGAAAAUCUAAGGAUUUGGCCGGAUUUGACCAGCCACAAGUGCAGCAAGAGUUUGUACCAACCAACAAACCUUUUAAUCUUCCUAUCACGACCACUAAAAAUCCUUUCAUUGUGAAAGGAAAAAAUCUUAAAGUGCAGCAACAGUUUGUACCAACCAACAAACCUUUUAAUUUACCUAUCACGACCACUAAAAAUCCUUUCUUUAUGAAAGAACAAAAUCCAAAAGUACCAUCUUCGACAAUGUCACCAUCGAUAACAACUCAAGCUACGCUUAAGUCAAAACAGGACACAAAGCCAAUCUCAAAGCCGUCUACAAUAUCCCUGAAGCCAACGACAAAACCAUCAGCAGAUGUCACGCAAUCUAGCGCUGAACUUCUUAAGAAGAAAUUGAUGGACAUGGUUAAAAAUAAAGGGACUGUAAAACCUUUAAUUAAUAUUCCUAAACAUGACGUUAUUGAUCAUGUGAUUGACGAUGUGUACCAAGAGAAAAAUAGGGCUCCAAUGUUCGGUGGAGACAUCGCCUUGAUAGUGGAUACGCUACGCCAGCUCUCGCUGUACAACAAAUACACUAAUCCACCAGAGACUAUCGAUACUUUAAAGCAAUUUCUUCAGGUCGGAAGUCACAUUUUGGACAGAAGAAAUAAACAUGAAUGGAAAUACUUAACGAAGGAAUCUCCUUCAUCGAUAUCUGCUCUAGACGCAGCCGAGGUUAUUGAAAGCUACAGCAAAAUAGUGGCAGAAAAACUACACCCUGAUGACAUGAAGAAACCUAUCCUUACAACUAAUAUAAUGGUUACACUCAAGUCAAUAGAUUUGAUGACCAUAGAUUUAUCCCAAGAUUUACAGUUGCCAAAUUACUCGCAUCCAGCGAUUGCAAAUUGGACAGACGCAACAGACAAGCUUGUCAUAUCGCCUCGGUCACUUGUCAAUGCUCCACAAGUAUCAAAACAAAGUAUCCAACUGAUCAGCUGCAACGUACGGAGAAUAACAGACUUACUUCCCAGAAGCUUGGUGGCAAAGACAUUCGGUAACAAUAGUAUAAUUGGUGGUCACGUGAUGUCAGUUAGUGCCAGUCCUUCUCUUGGUGAAGACAUUGAUCCACCAAUCAGAAUUGUGCUAGAUAAUAACAACAAGGAUGUCAGUAAUUUUGAACAAAAAUGUGUGUAUUGGAAAAAAAGUUCGUCGCCAGGGAAGAGCAGAUGGUCAUCUCAUGGCUGUAGAUUCGUUGAAUCAAAUCUCACGCAUACCACGUGUGAAUGUACGCACAUGAGCACGUUCUCUGCCAUUGCAAACACUGCAAAACCAAAGGCAAUAGUACCAGCGACUGUUCCCCCUACGACAGCUCCACCUCCUGAGGAAGAAGGAAGCAACCUUCUGUACAUUUUGCUGUGUAUUCUUGGACUGUUGUUGAUUUUGUUCAUCCUAUUGGUUAUAAUUUGCUUGAUCAUCAAACGUAGAAAACGUCAAAAUGAAUCAAAAGACAGUAGAUCAGRAAGACAAGGUCGCGCUGCUGGACGCCGCUCGAUAGCGCGGUCAGACGACAGCAUCAGUACCGGAUCAGGAGAGUUUGAUGAUAUGCUAGCAUCAAGACGAAGAAACGUUCAUCCAGAAAAAUCCGCUUCAGCUGACUCUCCUCGGUGGCAAAGGAUGCGCAAGAAUGGGGAGAAUCCAGAGAAUCUAAUGCUCAAAGAGAAAUCGUACUUAAUGUCGGACUACCAUCAGCCAUAUCAUUUCUCAUCAUCCAAAUCACCUCCACCAACUGAGUCCUCGUCACAUCGAAACCGAUCACGAUCUAGUUAGGUGAAACUACUCGGCGCAUGCGUGUCAAGUGACAUUUUUGCUACGAUAGAAAGUCUUAGAGGUUGCAAUUUGCAUUUCAAGUUAAUUCAAUUUUUAUAUUUAUCUAAUUACAUGGCACAAUAGGAAUGCUAAACUGAGAGCACUAUGUUGUCACUGAAAACAUAAAUCGCUUUUUUAUAACAGGAAAAUACGAAGAAAAAGAAAAAAAUUCUCACCAGCUGUGAAACAUACUCUUGCAAUAGUCCCCUUCACAGUUCCCUGCGCCAUCUUGAAAGGUAGCCAGGCCUUUGCAUCGAAGCGAGACGAACGGUGAGCUUGCAAUGAUAGAGACAUGUGAAUAAUUGGCCAAGCUCACUGUUYGUCUCGCUUUGAGGCAAAGGCACGGCUACUUUUCAGGAUGGCGCAGUGAAGCGUUAAAGGGAAAAGCACUCGAACGAAACGUAUUACAAGCCCGAUGCUACAAUGCUUGAAGUUAGAACAAGAUGAUGCAGUUGUUUCAAAACAAGCGCCGACAUUACAUUGUUAUAUUUACACAAGAUUUCGUCUUGUAUGCAUGAAAGAAGAAUAAAAAUAUUUUAUACAA